AGACGAUAUACGAACAAAAGAGACCAGACCAGUUGAGUUAUUCGACACUUUACGCAGGUGAAACGCGAUCGGAUAAAGUAGCGGGAUCUAUGGAUCGAUCCGUAAAUCUGAAUCGUAUUUGACGUAGUCGAUAGUGAAAGAACAACGACAUAACGAUGGAGCAUGAAAACGAUACGAGGGUGAGGUUAAGAAGAACGAAAAGCGAAACAAGGGCCGAGGAGAUACAAAAGGCAGAACAGAUGGUGCGCAAAUCUCAACCUGAUAAACCAUGUCAUCGUCCUAGGGAUAGUCUGUUCUCCUGGAGUUCGGGCUUCGACAACUUCACGGGAUUCGUCAACUGGGGCUUCCUGUUGUUGGGCAUCGGUGGAAUCCGAUUGCUUCUCGAAAAUUUCAUAAAGUACGGGAUCAGAGUGGAUCCGUGGCAAUGGUUUCUGUUUCUAAGCGGCACGUACGAAGGUGGCGAGGAGCAUCCCUCGAUUCUGCUCAUCAUAUAUUCCACGGUGCCCAUAGGCCUCUGCCUGCUGAUCGAGAAGGGUCUGUCGUUGGAUAUCAUAGCUCACGGGCCAGGAAUGGUGUUCCACAUCGUAAACCUCAUCGUGAUGGUACUGAUGCCGAUGGUGGUCAUCCACGUGAAGGAUUCCGGAUUCAGCCUGUUCGGUGCUAUGUACGUGUGCAUGCUGUACGCCGUCCUCUUUCUCAAGCUGUGGUCGUACGUGCAAGUAAAUAUGUGGUGUCGGGUGAACAAUCGAAGAAAGGCAACGAGCCAGGGGAGGAUGCGACGACAAUCUCUGUCCUACAAUAAUCUACAAUCUUCCACCGCGAAGCAAAGCGGCGAGGAGGUCGACGACUCGAAACACGAGGUAGACGUCGGUGGCACGGUCUUGGUGCAAUAUCCGGACAACUUGACUUUCCGUGAUCUUUACUACUUCAUCCUGGCGCCUACCCUCUGCUACGAACUGAAUUUCCCUAGAACACAAAGGAUUCGGAAAAGAUUUCUGAUUAAACGGAUCCUGGAGGUGGUGGUCGGCUGCCAAGUGGUCAUGUCGCUCUUCCAACAAUGGAUGGUCCCGUGUGUGAAGAAUUCCCUCGUACCGUUCAGCAACAUGGACGUGGCGAAGGCCUCCGAGCGUUUGCUGAAACUGGCCAUACCGAAUCAUCUGGUCUGGCUAUGUUUCUUCUACUUGAUGUUCCACUCGCUUCUGAAUCUGGUCGGUGAACUGUUGCAUUUCGCCGAUCGAAAUUUCUAUUGCGAUUGGUGGAACGCGCACAACAUCGACAUCUUCUGGAGGACGUGGAAUAUGCCCGUGCAUCGAUGGGCUGUGCGCCACUUGUACAUUCCCAUCAUAGAGAUGGGCUACAAGAAGAAUACCGCGUCUGUCACCGUGUUCUUCAUCAGCGCCUUUUUCCACGAGUACCUCGUCAGCGUGCCGCUCAAGACGUUCAAAACGUGGGCGUUCCUCGGAAUGAUGGGACAGAUACCAUUAUCAAUGAUAAGUAAGAAGGUGGAGAAGCACUGGGGCGCCAGAUGGGGCAAUAUCACGGUGUGGGCGAGUCUCAUUAUCGGACAACCACUUUGCAUAAUGAUGUAUUACCACGAUUACGUGAUAACUCACUUCGGCGAGAACUUGAUCGAGGAUUACUCCGUGGUGUAGGUGGAGGAAUCGAACUCGAGGCGAACGAGUUCACGCAGAGGUCUGGAAGAAGAGAUUCUCCGGGCAAACUCGCCACUCUUCCAUCAAUUUUUUCUCUUCUCCUUUUCUCUUCCGUCAUCUUUACCUCUGUGUACCUCGUGUAUAAUCUAUUUUUCAACCGACGUUUACGCGAAUCCUUCCACUUUUUUUUCUUUUUCUUUUUCUUUUUUUUUUUUUUUUUUUUCUCUUAUUCUCAUUCCAACGAUGGAUGAAAGUCGCGUGUUCGCGAGCAUAUUCCUUUCUAAGUAUUACGCGUUGGCUUUAUCCGUAUUUCGGUUUAUUUCUUCUUCCAGUAGGAAUUAUAUAUCGUAUAGAUUUUUUUUUUAGAAAAAAUCGAAAUUUCCUAUUUCAAGAUACAAAUUUCACGUUUAUUCAUAUGUAUAUAGGGUAAUUUGUAAAACUUUUAUUAAAUUUAAUACUGGUAAUUCCAGGGUUAAUUCUGGUAAAUGUACAGUAUAGCGUGUGUACAGACUUUGAACGUUUUCUCUUAAUUUAUUUACUCCUGUUAAAUGGAAGGAAUUGUCGUAAAACGUACUAACAUAAAUAAGUUCGUGUAGGUUGAAUUAAAAUUGAAUAAAUCUACUAACAUGAUAUAUCGAUAGAGGAGAUCAUAUAUUUCUGGCACGUAAAUCCAGAAUAAGCUCUGCGUGCAUCAUAAAAUUUUACAAAUAAUUCUCCGUUUCUCUUUCUCUGCGAAAAGUUGCAGAUAUAAUUCCUACUGGAUCGUAUCACGAACGUCAAUUGUUCGAUAUUCGAUCGAAUUUCCUUGAACAAAAAAAAAAAAAAAAAAGAAAAAAAAAAGAAAAGAAGAUUUUUGCACGAGGCGAUUAACAAUCUCGAUGAAAAACUCAAUCGCUAGAUUGCGGAUAUUUAUGCAAUUAUUAAAUUCCAGAUAUGGAAAUGAAAGGGAAAUAUGCUUCGCUUAAAAAAUAUGUAUUUUCGAUAUUUUGUACAUUUUUCACAACUUUUUUAACAAAUGCAUAAACUUUCGCAGUCUACAUCGUAUAUAUCUACACGAUAUAUCACUCGUUCUUUUCCCUCGUAUACGCGUGAGUGGUGGUGGUGGUGGUGGUGGUAGUGGUGAUGUUUGUUGAUGAAUUGUUGCUAUUGUAAGCCGUUGAAAUAUUCACCCAUUCGGUCAUUUUUAUGCACGUUUUAGCCGAUAAGAAUUGUUAAUCACUUUGAUACCAGCGUUUUACAUAGAUUUCUCACGCGGCUCGUCGAACGAACGCUCGAUCAUCCCCGUCCAUCCACGAAGAUCGCCGAUCCUUUAUACGAACCGUCGAAACAAUGAGAUUGUCACGCAUCGAGGGGAGGAGGGAGGGGAGGCACUUUACUCUGUCGUUAGCUCGCGUUAUAUACAUAUAUAUAAGAUAUAUUUAGUCGAAACGAUUUUUUACAUAUGAUCACGAGCGUAAAACCCUUGUCACAUACACCCCCUCCCUCCACUUUUACGAACAAUUUCGCGCGCCUCGAAAGCGCGAAACGCUUUGAUAUUAUGCGUGCAUCGAGACAAUAACUCAUUAUAUUUUUUUUCUUUUUUCUUUUUUUUUUUUUUUUUUUUUUAUCUGACGAUGCUUUAUAGCAGGGGGACCUCGAGCGCAUCGAGGGAAUAUUAGCCGUAAUAAAUUUAUCCAUGGCGCGGAGUGCAGUUGCAUUUACAGGGUAAAUAUUUCACCGGAAUCGUUGCGUAUCACAGCGAAGAAACAGAUGCCGAGGAUUUAACGGGUGCAACUUGGUGCCAGUUGUAUACGAGGAGCAGACGAUUUUGUAAAAUUCGUCCAACGUUCGCGUGCCGUGCGAGCGUCAUUCGUUAUCGAAAUAAACGAAAUCUUUGUUACGAGA